AUGUCUGAACCUAUACCGGAAUCAAUUCCUACCUCUGCUGAUCCUCGUUCGCACCGCCCGCUCAAACGCGCUCGCGGUGCCUACUCUUCCAACCCCAACGUCCGCGCGGCCUCGCAGCAGGCCCAUGAACUCGAAUAUCUCUUUCUAGACCCUUCACGGCCCGUUCACUUGCCCCCUCCAUCGAGCGCCACAAAAAAAUCACUUCCCGCGCCGGCGGAAAUCGUUGCGAACGUCCAAGGAUCCAGCGCGGGUGCGGGCUCGGGCGAAUUUCACGUGUACAAGGCGAGUAGACGGAGAGAAUAUGAGAGAUUGCGCGCCAUGGAUGAAGAGGCCAAGACAGAGGAGGAGAACGAGAAGUGGGAGCGAGAGGAAAGGGAGAAGAGGGAGAGGGAUGAGGAGAAGACCAGAAAGAAUCGAGAGCGCAGGAGCCGGAGGAAGGGAAAAAAGGACAAGGAGAAAAAGAUGGAUGACGCCGUGAAUGGAACAAAGAAGCCUAUUGACGAUGGAGAGGCGCAAGGUGCUAAGCGGAAAGUGGAUGGAUUACAAAUACCACCAAAAGGGAGUCAAGAAGAGGAGCAAGGCGCAGACUUUGGCGUGGCGGAAGUGGUGAAGGAGACUGGGAUCACGAUUCAUGAUGAUGAUUAG